UCCACGGGCGCGCCGCCAGGCCCGGCCGGCCAUGGAGGGUACCUCGUUCGGCGCCAGCCGCGCGGGGGCAGCCCUGGACGUCGUGAGCUUCGCGCAGAGGCCCCAGACCCUGCUGCGGGUGGCGUCCUGGGUGUUCUCCAUCGCAGUCUUCGGGGCCAUUGUCAACGAAGGCUACGUGAACACCGACAGCGGUCCCGAGCUGCGCUGUAUCUUCAACGGGAACGCGGGCGCCUGCCGCUUCGGUGUCGCGCUUGGCCUAGGCGCCUUUCUCGCCUGCGCCGCCUUCCUAUUGCUCGACGUGCGCUUCCAGCAGAUCAGCAGCGUCCGCGACCGGCGCCGCGCAGUGCUGCUAGACCUCGGUUUCUCAGGGCUCUGGUCCUUCCUGUGGUUUGUGGGCUUCUGUUUCCUCACCAACCAGUGGCAGCGCACGGCGCCCGGGCCGGGCACGGCGCAGGCAGGGGACGCGGCCCGGGCUGCUAUCGCCUUCAGCUUUUUCUCCAUCCUCAGCUGGGUGGCGCUCACCGUGAAGGCCCUGCAGCGGUUCCGCCUGGGCACCGACAUGUCUCUCUUCGCCGCCGAGCCACUGGGCGCGGGGGCGGGCCAGGCCUACCCUGGCUACCCGGUGGGGAGCGGCGUGGAGGGCACCGAGACCUACCAGAGCCCGCCCUUCACCGAGACCCUGGACCCCAACCCCAAAGGAUACCAGGUGCCCACCUACUAGUGGAUGGUGGAUGCAGACCAGGGCGCAAAGGGUGCCCCACCAACGCAGGCCCAAAGGCCUCCUGGGACUUCCCUCGGAUCCUCCUGGCCCAGUGCCAGGGACAGAAGGUGGCCAGUGUGGGCUGACUUGGGCCAGGAGGAGAUGGCCCCUGGGCUGUCCUUCUCCCUCCUCCACCAAGUUGCCUCAUCCCCUGACCCUGGACUUGGGUCCUGAUAAGGUCAGGAGGCCCAGGGUGCAUGUCUUCCACCCUGAAGGGGGCAGGCUUGGGGCCCACUCCCCUCCUGGGCCAGCCAGGCUAAGGCUCAUCUGCCCACCCCAGGGCCAGGGGUCCAGCUGCCUUCCACAGUAGUGACAGGGGCUGCUGCAACCAGGGGCAGAGACACCCCCAUCCCCAUCGCGUAGUCCUGGGACUGUGGUCAACAUCACCAUCCCUGUGGGCCAUGCCUGUCCUUGUUCCUGUAGUGGUGGUUUAUCCAGUAGGGCAGCAGGCUCUGUCCAGAGCGCCCUUCCGUUUAGUCGCACAGACUCACUAGAGCAGCCCCAGCCCUGUUGAUGUUGUGAUUGUGGUCAGGUCUUCAGGUUUUCCCUCUUAGUUCCCCACAAUCCGCCCCUCGUCUGUGGCCCCUGGCCCAGCCCCUACCUGCCUCGGCCCAGGCCCCUGCUCGGGUAUGGGCAGUUCUGGCCAAGAAGGCACCAGAUGCCUACCAACCCUGCCCCACCCCAAGGAAGGCGCAGAACAUGUGGGUGCCUGGCAAUACAAGCCUGUCCCGUGGACGGGGGCCUACAGGUUCCAUCCACCCAUCGUGCCCAUGGAGACAACUGUUCCAUGCAAAUGUAUUUUCCUGGCUUCCUGGACCCCCAUCUGCACCCCUUUUCUGAGGCCCAGCCUGAGGCUAGGGCUCCUCACAUGUAGCUGACUACUCAUGCAUUGCUUGAAGCUGGCUUUUCACAUUAUCUUGAUAUCAAAUGCGGUUGCCACCUUUCAUUCCUGCAGAUAGACACCUCCAUCCAGAGUUGUGGUGGAGUGACAGCCCUGUAUGUCGUAGCAUAGACCAAUCGUGUGGUUACUUCAGUGAACAUGUUUACAAUUUUUGUAUAUAUAGAUCUUUCUCCUGCCACUUCUGAAAGAACAAUCCAUGAUUGUGUAUUUUCAGUGUCCCAAGAGUCCCAACUGCGCCUUCUUUACAAUAAAGACUGGAAAUGAGUUUAUCGUGUCCUGGAUGCUCCUAGAAUCAUUUCUGGCACUGCCUGCCUUGUGCCAGGAGGUGGGGCCUGAGAGGCAGAACCUGGGCAGGGGGCAGGGAGGUAUGCCAGCUGGACCCACAGGUUCUGGGGGCCCCAAAGAGAACAGUCAGGAUAGGUUGCAGGUUCAUGGGCCCCCCAACCACACAUCACAUUGGUCUGCCACUCAGAGCAGUCUACCUAGAAUGCCUGGGAGAACUCCGCUUAUGUUUUCCAAUUUACAGUAGCAGGAGUGCUUCAGUGUCGUAUCCAGCAUGUGUGUCAUCUAGGCUUUGACAUCCAUUGCUUGUCUUUUUGCACAUGAAUUGAGAUUUUCCUGGUUCUUUGUAUGCUGAGUUAAUUUGGAUUGUGUCUUGUCCGUUUGGACAAUUAUUCUGAGACUCAGGUUUGAAUCCCAUGGAAAGUGUUGGUAUUUUUGUUCUAGCAGGUUAAGGGUCCCUGGUGGCACAGUGGUUAAGUGGUUGGCUGCUAACCAAAAGGUUGGCUGUUUGAACCCACCAGCGCUGUGUGGGAGAAAGAUGUGGCAGUUGGCUUGCAUAAAGAUUUCUUAACCCAGUGGGGCAGUUCUACUCUGUCCUAUAGGGUCCCUAUGAGUCGGCACUGACUGAUGG